AUGUCAAACUGGCGGGGCGAGCGUGCCUUGACCGCCGAGGAGCUGGCUCGGCGGUAUAACAAAGAAGCAAGGGCUUGGACCCCCGACGACUCAAGCCAAGGCAAUGGAGCCAGAGAAACUCUCCCAAGAAGAAGAAUCACUCCUCAGUCUCUGUUCCCACGGAAGCGACAGAGGACAUCUGCAACGGUACCGGUGGCGGGUGCCAGUCCUUUGGCUUCCGCCAAUGUGUCACCUGCACCCAGUGAGGCUCCAGUGCGUGUCAAAACUGAAGCUGAAGUGCAAGCUCUCGAGCACUUACGGAGCAUGCCGCCUGAGAAAAGGGUGAAAGUUUACGUAGGAGAAAAAAGCACGGCAAUGGAAGUGGGCCUCGAAGAUCUCGACAAGUCACCUGUGCUGAAGUCUUUCAUCAGCGAAUCUGGCGCGCCAGGCCCGUACAUCAUGCAUCCGACACUCGUGACCGUCAAUGUGGACCACUUUCAGUCGAUCCGUGAGUUUCUACUGAUGGACGAAUAUAUGCCCGCCCUUGUGAACAACCCUCGUGGAGAGGAUGUUCUUCCCAAGCAACUCGACAAUUGCACCACCCCCGACCACUACAGACAUCAGGCGCUGAGGGCUGGACACGUCUAUGUCAUCGCAGAAACGCUGAGGAUGCCGACUUUGCAGGACCUCAUCUUCCGAAAGAUCACUCAAGCACAGUUCCACCCGUACGGUGUCAAAUGUCUUCUUGACUUGGCUCUGAUCAUAUUCUCGCGACCGGAGUUGGAUGGAUUAAAGCAAAAGGGGAAGGUCACGCAAGCGGAAGACGAGAACGAGAAUGAGGAAGGGGAUGAUGCCCUUGAGAAUUGGCUGAUCAAUUCCCUCAAGGACGAAUUCCAGAGGACCAUGGUCCAUCAUGCUCAGCAAUUCUUUCAUGUCUCGGCACACAGUGCUUGUAGGAGACGGGAGUUCGGUCGAAGGGUCCUGAGAAGGACAGUCGAGGAUUGGGAUGCACUACGCCCAGACGUGGUUGCCAUUGAAAUCGAUGGUUGA